AUGACGUGCGCGGCGUUCGCGGCAGUUGCUAUUGCACAUGGAGGAGCUCACCAGAAGCCAUUACAAGUUGACCCAGACGCGGACUGGGCUACCAGACAUAUGGCAGAGGAGCAUCACAUUGGAAACUUCGAUCCUACGUCCUUCUUCACUCUCCACGAUUACGACGACAACGGAUUCUGGGACAAGUCGGAAAUCCUAAAGACAUACGGCAUGACGGAUCCGAGUGCAAAAGAUACCCCGCAAGAGAAGAAGGAUGAGAUUAUUAGGGAGAUAAUGAAACUUAUGGAUACAAAUAAUAAUGGUAUCGUAGAGAAGGAAGAGUGGACUGCGUUUACGCAAGAGAGGAAAGGCACGCUACCGGAUUUCCAGACUGGGCCUGGACAUCACUGGGAUAUGGAGAUGGAGUAUGAGAUUCAUCAUUGGGAGAAAUAUCAUGAUGAGAACACCAAGGAAGAAGACUUAAUACAUCCCGAGGAUAUCGAGCAUUUCAGAUUACAUGACGAGAUGGAGGAUGAAGCGGAGAGAGUUGCAAAACUGGACAAGAUGUCGAUAGUAGAGCAGAACAUACCGGCCAAGUUCCGGAAAGAUGUAUAG